AUGCCUUACGCAACUCGUGCUCGUGGUGGUGGCCACGUUGGCACAAAUACACGACGUCGAACUGAUUCUUCAACAUCGCGUGACUCUCCCGAUCCUGAGCUCAGUCUUGAAGACUCUACUGAAGAUGAAGAGGAAGAAGACGAAGAGAUACCCACCAGAAACAAGCGCAAGAGGAAGACCGUCCAACUUCCAACCAUUCACAACUUCCACGAACUCGGUCUUCAAUGGGGACAAGCACGCGCUGACCGGAUCCUAGGGCGUCAGCGUCAUCUCAAGACACGAGUUUCACCAACGACCCUUUUCGAGGCUCAAGCGCUACAAGCUCAAUACAACCUGGAUAAAACUAUGCUUUGCAUAGCUGUGGGGGUCAGCCGGCCUACACUCGAUGCUGCGUUAAAUGAAGGUCCUCUCGCCCGUGAACCCAACAAAUAUACAAACUUCCAGACAUACAGUAUUGCAAGCACCACUACCCCUAUGCCUCCCAAAGGACAAUCGGUGGGGUUCAAGGAGCGCAACCAGAUAGUUGGGCAAACAUGGUCAAACUUCAGUGACGAAGAGAAGCAUAUCUCUAGCCCGACAGUAUUUGAAAAAAUUAUCCAGGAAGUAACACGAGAAGUUCAACUGACUGAGUUGCCCAUCGCCCCUCCAAAUGACUUGGAUACUUCCAAAAACUUAACUGCCGAAGAAAAAGCCAUCUUUAUACCUGUAUUCAAACGCCUGGUGAACAUGAAACCUAUCAAACGGGACUUUAAACAUGGACGGCUAUGCAGACAUAGCGGAAAGGCACAUUUACUUGAAAAAGUUGGAAUCGAAGAGAUUAACAAGGUCGUUGAGCAGCUUCGCAUUAUCCAUAAUAAAUUCAGGUUUCAUUUUCACCUUCUUGUGGCGUCAUGGAAUCCCAACACGUCAAUGACUCGGGCGCUGUAUCAAGACGAGUUCACUUCUUGUGAGCAUUGGGCCAAUCAUGCACGGACCGACUUCCAUUUGCUCAAACGAUUUGCUGUUGCAUCGACUCAAGCACCAUCCACUGCCUUAAAGUCAAAGACGAAAGCAACCAAGUCUACUCCUCAAGCUAACAUUAGAAAAGAACUCAUAACACGUCUCAAUGGUCUUGUUGAAGCACACCUUCCAGGUGGCCGCCAAGUCAAAUCCGACACUCACCCUCAAGGCCCAAAUCCCCAAAUCACACUACCAACAAAGAAGUUCCGCUCCGGUGUCAAACUCGCAAUCCUCCGUCUACCUGGUUUGAAAGUUACCGACGAGAUGCUUUCAAAAGGUGCUGCAGCAGGACAACUGCCAGAUGCUCAAGUCAAAUUGUGGAUUGAAGACAUCACCGCUAAUAGGUACUUGGUUGUUAAAUCCAACGUUACUUGUUUGACAUCUCAUUCCCCAUCGGACCAAGAUGGCGUUGCCCCGGUAACUACACAGGCGGCCUAA